GAGUAUGUUUGUAUUGUGCGCAUUGUAAAAAAAAAGCGAUACAAGUCGCGCACGUUACCGUGGUACUACUAGCGCCCCUCAAUUUUGCGGCGACCAUAUAGCGAUACGGUUUUUAUAUACAGGCGAGAUAGGGAGUAAGUCCUCCUGUAUUUCUAGUCUUCUUGUGUAAAAUGUGUAAAAUGUCAAAAAAUUGCUAGGUUACUUCAAGCCUCUAUACAUCGUUAUCCAUUGCAGAUAGACAUGGGGUUGAGUGAAGUUUAUUAUUGAAAAUUCAAUUCUAAACAAUUUAUGAAGAAUUACUUUUUUUGAUUAAUCUCUUAGAUUAUGAGUUAUGAGUUAAUUAAAUAAAGAACAUACAUGUUUAGUGAAAACAAUAAAAAUUAUUAUAUGUUUGAAUGAAAAAUACUGCACAAUUUAAUAAAUAUUCUUAUAUAUAUAAUAAAAAUUAUCAUGUACACAUAUAAAAGUUAGCAUAGACUUAAAUAUUUUUUACUAUAUAGCUUUGUAAAAAUUCUGUUUGUGGGGCGAAAUAACACAAAGAUGGCCGACCGAUUGAACAAAUGAUUGAACUGUCAUGUAAUUUCAAGCAUUUCUACAGUCUUAUCUGUUGAAGCUAGAUGGUCACAAUCACUUGCAAGCUGCAAAAAAUUUGCAUUUUCAAUUUCUACAAAAUAUUGGAUCCGAGUUACAUUUAAAUAUGUGCAUUGUUUAUGCAGUCAAUGAUGUAAAUGUUAUUCCUGCAAUAUUUGUUUUAUUUAAAAGAAAGUCAUAUGAAAUUUUUAAAAGAAUCAUGUAUUAUUUAUUAAAUUAUUCACCUUGUCUAUCAGCGAUUGAAACAAUAACAACCGAACUGGACGAGAAUAUUAUAAAAGCAAUAAGACGUUGUUUUCAGAAUGCAAAAAUUCGGAGCACUCUUUUUUAUUUUCAAAAAGAAACAACAAGUAACUGGAAAAAUUUAGGACUUCAAUUUGAUGAAGAGCAUGUCCAUGAAAAUAAAAUUCUGAAAUAUUGUUGGGCAGCACCAUUAGCUGCUGAACACGAUAACAAAGCAAAUACUUUUAAAAAUGUCAUCGAAAUUUUAUUGAGCCAAGCACAAGAAUCCUUAGACUUGAAUACAACAAAAUUUGUAAAUGAUCUCGAAUGCAAAUGGUCCUCAAGGUUAAAAUACGUGCUACCUUAUUCAACUUACGAAAUUCAGAAUGACAUUGAGGCUAUUGAACGACAACUGGAAUUGGAUUUUUGUGAUCAAACAGUAAAAACAUUAAAGAUUUUAGAAAAAAUGAUGAAAACAAUCACAGGGUUUAAAAUAAACAACAGUAUAUAUAAAUUAUUUAAAGCUAAAGACAAAAGAAAUAUCACUGAUGCUGGGAAAAAACUGCGAGAUGAAAGGUGGUCUUUGGAGCAGUUUUUAGCCAAUUGCUUGACAGGAGACUCCAUCACCAGUCUUUAUUAUAAAAUGGACAUCGAGCCAUCCAUGUACAAUGUCACUGCCGAUAUUAGGGAUCUCGAAGACCCAAAGAAUUCAAGUCCAGACAUUCGGAUGUCGGAUCGUUACAUGGAUCUAAGCACCUGUAGUAAUCCAUCUCAAGGUCGAGAACAUAAACGACAACGAAAAGAAAAACUGGAUGAUAUCAUUGAUAACGUAGCAGCUGGAACAUCAGACACAGAUUCUACAUUUUUCAAAAACAUUUCACAAGCAUCAUCAUCAUCAUCAUCAUCAUUUAUAACAACACCAACACUAUCAACUACAACAACACCAAAAACAGCAGCAUCAAAUUUUAUUAAUCACAUUGAACAUAAAGUAACUGCAGUCGAGUCUUCUUUAGAUGAGUCUGCUGCUGAUGAUUUUGAUGAUACAAUCUUUGAAAAUAGUUUACCAGAAUUUCCUACAUCAAGAUGUACAUUAAAAUCACCAACUACACUACCAUCACCACCACAACAAACUAUAACAGCAACAACAACAACAACACUACUACCAUCACCAAUAAUAACACCAGCAACAACAACAACAGCCAAAAAAAUAGUACGAACAACUGGUUUCCCAAUAAAAUCUUUAAAAGUUAAAUUUAUCAAAACUAAUGACCAGCAAUGUAAAGUAAAUAAUAAUGAUUUAUUAGUGCCACAAGUAUCUUCAUUAUCAUCAACAACAACAGUGCCUGCAACAUCAAAGUUGCCAUUAACACUUAAUUUCAAUAAAAUUAAUUCCUAUAAAAUAAUACCCAACUUAUCUAAUAAUUUAACAAACAAACAUUUAUUAUUAACUCUUCCUAAAACUAAUAUUAAACAAACACAACCAUCAUCAUCUGUUGCUCAUAAAUAUAUCAAAGAGAAAAUUGAAACACCUAUAAACAAAAGACAAAGAAAACAAAUUAUCGUUUGCAGAAAAGAAGCUGGGAUAAAAUGUUAGGUUUUGAUAAUUAAUAACGUAUGAAUAAUUUCAUUUCAUGUAAGCCUCUAUGUAUUUAUGUUUGAUAUUAAUUUUUUUUUCAUCAUAUUUUUUCACUCAAUAUUAUAUUAAUAAUGUUUAAAUUAAAUAAUAAUUUUGAUAUUGUCUGCGUGUUAUUUUUAUUACAUGUUGAAAAAAAAAAAAAUUUAUAGUUAUAUUGAUUUUUUUUUAUCAUUUUGUAUUUUGUUUGUUAUUAAUUUUUUUUUCAUCAUAUUUUUUCACUCAAUAUUAUAUUAAUAAAGCUCAUAUUUUAUAAUAAAUCUUGAUAUUAUUGUUUGCAUUAUUUUUAUUUAAUAUGAAAAAAAAAAAAAAUUAUAUCAAAAUGUUAUGGCACAGCUUGACAUGUACUUGUUUCUUGGGGUUGUUUUAAAUAUAUCGAUUCGAUAUAAUUCAUAUAAUUUUUUUUUUAAUUCAUGCAUUAUUUGUUUCGCAAGUAUGUUCAUCAUUAUCAUCUUCCGUUAUUGAAAAAAAAAAUAUAUAAUAAAAUGUAAUGAGUAAUAAAAAUAUGAUAUUAGAAAAAAAAAAAAAAAAA